AUGCCCCAACCAACUUCAUGCUUAUUAGAAGGUUUCGGAAGGAUAGUACAAACACUUGACCAGAUAGUGCAACCGAUUGAGUACAAGGACCUACUUCUAACGAAUCUUCUCACAACGCGAUUAGACCCGAUAACUCGCCGGGGAUGGGAAGAGAUUCCUGCUUCACAGAAAACGGAUACGGUGAAGGAAUUGUUGGAGUUUCUGCACCGUCGGACUCAAGUACUGGAAUGUUUGCCUUCGAAAAUGGUGGACACUAAGGGAGGUAACCAACUGCCACCCCAAAGGCAGAGGCCAGUGGUGGUUGAAACUAGUUACAGCACAGUGCAAUCGUCCGGUAUACGAUGCACAGUGUGCUCGGCAAACCAUUUACUAUUCCAAUGCGAGACAUUUCAGCGGAUGUCGGUGACAGAGCGUGAUGCCCUCGUUCGCACUCACUCACUUCGUCGCAAUUGUUUUAGACUCGGUCAUCAAGCAAAAGAUUGCCAGUCUAAGUAUUCUUGUCGCUCGUGCAAGAGUCGUCAUCAUACAAUGGUAUGUUUUAAACGGGAAAGGGAGAACACCUCCAAAAAUCGAAGUACUACUACUACCGCUGCUACCCCAUGUGCAACUACGGGAAAACAACCAUCCACGCCAUCUAAUUCGUCCCAAAUAGUCAAUAUGGUGGCUACCAGCACAUCAGUGUCAAAUUCUGCAACGUAUAUCAAAUCAACGGUUCUUCUGGCUACUGCAAUGCUUCUUGUUGAGGACGAUCAUGGCAACGCGCACUUCUCGAUUCAGGCUCUGAGAGUUACGGUACAUUUGCCAACGGCAACGGUAAAUGUGAAGGGAUGGAGUAUUCCAGAGGGUAUCCAACUCGCCGAUCCCUCGUUCUGUGUGUCUAUGGGAAUAGACUUAGUACUAGGCAUUGAGGCGUUUUUCGACUUCUUCGUAUCUGGUCGAAAAAUCACAUUGGGAGAGCAGAUGACGUCAUUGAAUGGAUCCGUAUUUGGAUGGGUGGUUUCUGGCGGGCUGUCAUCGAUCGAGCAGGCUCCACGUGUCAGCUGCCACGUGACUACGAAAGGACUGGAUGAAUUGGUUGCAAAAUUUUGGGGUUGUGAGGAAAUCGAGCUCAAAAGGUCACAUUCAAAGGUAGAAGAACGAUGUGUGGAAAUAUUUAAACAGACAGUACAGCGUGGCACUGACGGACGAUAUACGGUUGCGUUGCCAAUGGUUGAGGAUGCCUUUACUCGUCUGGGUGAAUCAAAAAAUAUCGCAUUACGACGUCUCCAAGGAACGGAGCGGAGAACGAAGCAAAUCAUGUUGGUCGCCGACGUUGAGAAAAUGUUUCGGCAAAUCUUCAUUAGGCAAGAUGAUAGACCACUGCAGUGUAUUCUUUGGCGGUCGUCGCCCACGGAUGAAGUAGCAACGUAUGAACUUAAUACGGUGACAUACGGUACUAAGCCUGCCCCGUUUCUUGCGACACGAACAUUAACCCAACUGGCAAGAGAUGAAGGAGCACGAUUCCCUCUAGCAGCGAGGGCGGUUAUGGAAGACACCUAUAUGGAUGACGUUAUCACGGGGUCGAACGACCAGGAGGAGGCACAUUAA